CCCAGCAGCCAUUGUAGACUGUAGAAGAAGGUCCGCCAGGCGACGCCCUUACAUCAAUUGCCAAGUUUGAUCGCCAAAAUUUUGCCUUUUUAGAGCGAUUUCAAGCCCGAUCGCGGCCCAAGCAUUGAGGUGUAUCUCUUAGCUACAGUUAAGCCGUGUCGCUGCUGAAUCUAGUGGCGAACGGUUGGGGAAAGUUGAAGAUUAUGGAUUGUUGUUGUCUAAGUGACGAGGCUAAAGAAAGGAAAAGAAUAAAUGCUGAAAUUGAAAAGCAGAUUCGGCAGGACAAGAGAAAUCAACGUAGAGARCUCAAACUGCUUCUGCUAGGUACUGGGGAAUCGGGGAAAAGCACAUUCAUAAAGCAAAUGCGAAUUAUUCAUGGCCAGGGAUACAGCGAUGAUGAUAAAAGAGGUUAUAUAGCCCUCGUAUACCAAAAUGUGAUCACUGCCAUGCACAGUUUAACACGUGCUAUGGACACUCUCAAAAUACCUUACAAAGACCCAGCAAACCCGGAAAGGGCCAACUACAUAAGAACAGUCGAUCCUAAAAAUGUUACCACUUUCGAGAAGGAGUAUUAUGAGGCCACAAAGAACCUAUGGGUYGAUGCAGGAAUGCAAGAAUGUUACGAUCGGAGAAGAGAAUAUCAGCUUAGCGACUCYGCCAAAUACUAUCUUACGGAUUUGGACCGUCUAGCAAAACCAGAUUAUCUUCCAACUGAGCAAGACGUCUUGCGGGCGAGGGCACCAACAUCGGGAAUUAUAGAAUACCCCUUUGAUUUGGAAACGAUCAUUUUUAGAAUGGUUGAUGUAGGAGGGCAAAGAUCGGAGCGACGUAAGUGGAUUCACUGCUUCGAAAAUGUGACUUCCAUCAUGUUUUUAGUGGCUCUUAGUGAGUAUGACCAAGUACUUGUCGAGUCCGACAGUGAGAAUCGGAUGGAAGAGAGUAAAGCUCUAUUCCGUACCAUAAUAACGUACCCCUGGUUUCAGAAUUCAUCAAUUAUACUCUUUCUGAACAAGAAGGAUCUGUUAGAAGAAAAGAUAAUGUUUUCACAUUUGGUGGAGUAYUUUCCUGAAUUUGAUGGCCCUCAGUGCGAUGCUCAAGCAGCUCGAGAGUUCAUUCUUAAAAUGUUCGUGGAUCUUAACCCUGACACAGAUAAGAUAAUCUACUCACAUUUUACCUGUGCUACUGAUACAGAAAACAUUCGCUUUGUGUUUGCAGCAGUAAAGGACACAAUCUUGCAACUAAAUCUUAAGGAGUAUAACCUAGUUUAAACACAGAAUCAUAGGUGGGUAAUUUAUAUUAUGCAGACUGCGAAAGAACCUCAUUGGUUAAUAUGAUCUUGAACUUCUCAAGAGUGAGGUCAUAAUGCCGUUGAUUGUUGAACGGGUUACUUGACUGCAACACCCUCCCCCCCUGUUUCGGAUUAGCCAAUCACACCUCUUUAUUAUCCAAUAGUGGAUGUAACUUCAGUUAUUUAUGGGUCAAAGGCUACCUAACGAUUUUGUCCCUUUCAUUGUGAUUAGGUACGUAUAAUCAUUUUCUAUUCAUUCAGUUGCGGAUUUCAUUCAGUAUCUUCUAUUAUCAAGUUUAAAACCUCGGCAUAACCCAGAAGGACUAGAAAGAAAAUGCUAGUCUCCUUGUUUACCACUGUUCCAUGGCUAUGCACUGAUCAAGUUAACAGUCAGGAAAAUCUGCAAUUCACUGCAGUCAGAGUAUGUGAAGGUACAGAACAAUUAAUGUUUGAUUGACAGCAAUUUACUGCUUGAUUUCUGUUGCGACUGUGAUCUCUAUCAGCGUAUAGCAAUGCAAAGAGUAGUAACUGUUCUUGUGUGACGGCAUGUACACAAAUCUGGAAACUUACCAGACAAACAAAGGAGACCUUGUUUAUUUCUAAUGAUUAUUAUUAUUACGCCAUUGCAUUGUUUUGUUUUUUUUUGUAUCCAUUGAUUGAGCAUCUCAAGAAAAUUUUUGAUUUUGAAAUAAAAUUGAAAGACCAUCCUAUGAGAGAGUGGGUGGGGAGUGAGCAGAAAUCAUGUGGGAGGGGAGGGUAGGUAAGAAUUUAGAAAUCUUUUAGAAAAGGGGAUGGAAAAUAGGAUUCAAUUGAUUUGGAGAUUCAGAGCUUAUUCUUAAGGAAAAUUAGCUUUGAAUUUUUAUGGAAUGAGAAAAAGAAGAAAAAAUUUCAAUGAAUACAAAAACAAAAAUGCAAUGGUCGUUCCGUUAUGGGUUUGCUUUCGCUCACGAUACAUGACAAGGAUCCAGAAGUUCUAUAACUAAGUUACUACACCAAAUACCAAUGCUAGUAUCAUUAUCAUUAGGUAGCACUACCACAGGAWGCCCAAGCAAUUACUUGUACCGUAUUACGAAGGAAUGUAUGUGGAAUCAUAUAUCAUAAGAAUAUCUAGAGUAAUAUUCCUAGAUAGCUUACCAUUUUUUCGUGACUCUCGUUACUGCUGUCCUUUGUGUCUGUAUGCGAUUUUAGGUCAAUCUGACUAGUUUUGGCAUUUUACGGGCCUAUAAAUAAUUAUUUUUUAUUGUUGAUAACAACUGGUAAGCUAACUACAAAAACUACUAUAGAUAAUCUGACGAUAUAUAUUUGCACAUAGAUUUCUUUGUAUUAUGGCACAAGCUCAUUGCAUGGGCUUCCUGUGUCCUGUGGCACCACCUCAACAUCUAGCUGCCUAAGCUGAAAAGCUUUUAAGUAAAAUCACCCAAAUCAAAGUCUUUGAAAUUUUUUUAAUUAGCUCUAAAUUGAAAUAAGCCACUUGUUACUCAUUCCAUAUUAGGGCCCCUUUUUGUAACUUGCAGAGAAACCCAUAGUGAUUAAGGACCUUUGAAAUUCGGCCCACAGAAGAGACAGUCUAUGAAGCCCCUCACGGAUAGUGUCCCAAGAAUACUUCAGUUUUGUUGAUUAAGUCUCUUUCUUAACGGGGUUGAAAAAUCUCAUGCUUAUGCCCUGUAGUUUGCUUUAUUUUUGCUUUGUUUAGAGCUAUAAAUUCCCAUAUCAACACUCUUUUACUUGUACAAUCAUUGAUGAAACUCUAUGUCAAGACGUCAUUCAAUCAGGAUUACUUUCAACCUAAAAACACUCUAAAAGGCUCCGCAAAAUGGGUUUGUGUUCACAGCCAACAAGACACGAAAAAAAUAUAAACGUUAAUUGUUUCAAAUAGUAAUAGUUAUGAUAGAAGAAAAAAAGAUUCAACCAGAGAAAACCUUUGUGUAUUUUUGUUGUGGUU